CUCUACCACUUGGCCGGCUGGCGUCAUGCUGCGUAUUUCUGUCCUCCGGCUGCUAGGACGCAGUGGGGCUAGUAGGGUCUCUCUCCUGCAGGACUCUGGCCCACGCCACUACGGUUCGAGCUCUCUCGGUGCCCGCGACGAUGCUCGCGAAGCGCGAGCCUACUUCACCACACCCAUUUUCUACGUGAACGCGGCGCCGCACAUCGGGCACCUGUACUCGGCGCUGCUGGCGGACGCCCUGUGCCGCUACCGUCGCCUCCGGCUUCCCAGCGCCGCCGCCACGCGAUUCUCCACUGGGACCGACGAGCACGGCCUGAAGAUUCAGCAGGCAGCAGCCUCUGCGGGCGUGGCCCCAACCGAGCUGUGUGACCGAGUUUCUGCUCAGUUCCAGCAGCUUUUCCGGGAGGCUGGCAUCUCCUCCACCGACUUCAUCCGCACCACGGAGGCUCGGCACCGGGUGGCUGUACAGCACUUCUGGGGGGUGCUGGAGGACCGGGGUCUGCUUUACAAGGGACUCUAUGAAGGUUGGUAUUGCGCUUCCGAUGAGUGCUUCCUGCCUGAGGCCAAGGUCAUCCAGCAGCUGGGCCCGUCGGGGGAUUUGUGUCCUGUAUCUCUGGAGAGCGGGCAUCCAGUCUCUUGGACCAAGGAAGAAAACUACAUUUUCAGGCUUUCCCAGUUCCGGGAACCGCUCCAGCGGUGGCUGCGGGGCGACCCACAGGCAAUCACCCCUGAGCCAUUUCAUCACGCAGUUCUUCAGUGGCUGGAGGAGGAGCUGCCCGACCUAUCCGUGUCUCGCAGGAGUAGCCACUUACACUGGGGAAUCCCGGUGCCUGGGGACGACUCACAGACCAUCUACGUAUGGCUAGAUGCCUUGGUCAACUACCUCACUGUAAUUGGCUACCCAAAUGCUGAGUUCGAAUCUUGGUGGCCGGUCACCUCUCAUAUCAUAGGUAAGGACAUUCUCAAGUUCCAUGCCAUCUAUUGGCCUGCCCUUCUCUUAGGGGCCGGCAUGAGCCCGCCACAUCGCAUCUAUGUCCACUCCCAUUGGACGGUCUGUGGCCAAAAGAUGUCCAAGAGCUUGGGCAACGUGGUGGAUCCCAAGACUUGCCUUGACCGCUAUACUGUGGAUGGCUUCCGUUACUUUCUCCUUCGUCAGGGCGUCCCCAACUGGGAUUGUGACUACUACGAUGAAAAGGUGGUUAGGUUGCUGGACUCCGAGCUGGCAGAUGCCUUGGGAGGUCUCUUGAACCGAUGCACUGCCAACAGAAUAAAUCCUUCUGGGACAUACCCAGUCUUCUGCACCACCUGCUUUCCCAGGGAUCCAGGGUUGAUGGGGCCAUCAAUUCGUGCUCAGACAGAGGACUAUGCUCUGGUGAGCGCUGUGGCUACUUUGCCCACACAGGUAGCAGACCACUAUGAUAACUUUCAGAUCUAUAAGGCUCUGGAGGCAGUGUCUAGCUGUGUCCGGCAAACUAACGGUUUUCUCCAAAGGCAUGCACCGUGGAAGUUGAACUGGGAGAGCCCAGUGGAUGCUCCCUGGCUGGGUACUGUGCUUCAUGUGGCCUUGGAAUGCUUGCGGGUCUUUGGAACUUUACUCCAGCCUGUCACCCCAAGCCUAGCUGACAAGCUGCUCUCCAGACUGGGGGUCUCUGCCACAGAGAGGGGCCUUGGACAGCUCUAUUUCUUGCCUCGAUUCUAUGGACGUCCAUGCCCUUUUGAAGGGAGGAGGCUGGGACCUGAAACUGGACUUUUGUUUCCAAGACUGGACCAGUCCAGGGCUUGGCUGGUAAAAGCCCAUAGGACCUAGAAACUGAGUUAUUGGCUAUUUUAUUUUAUGUUAUUUUUAUUUUUCAUUUUCAGUAAAGUUAUAAGAGUACAAGGGUUUUCUAAAGUGUUGCACCAAAUGAGCAAACAAUCUUUGUCACUGUGAAAAGAGAUUUGCAGCCUUUUAGGUGCCUACCCAUCCCACUUCUUCAUUUACCUGUGCCCAUUAACCACUGUCUUUUACUCACCAGUGUGUCUGAGAUGUCUCGAAGAGAAGGAUUGGUAAGAGACAAUGUUGCUGAUAAUACUGUUCCUUUUCAUUGUGCCUCCUUCCAAACCACAGUUGUGUUAUUUGUCCAAACUACCUCUCAUGACUUGUUUUUCAUCAGGAUAUUUCUUGGGCUUAGUGCAGUGACUCCUUUUAUUGAGAGUUGGGGUUAGAGGUCCUCUACCUCAGCUUUUACAGGGUAGCCCAAUUUGGUGAUACAUGUUGGGUCUCCUGUUAAAAAGAUAUUCUAUUAAAGCUAUAAAAACCAGUGUCCUGUACCAGAUAAUUUUUGCCCAUGUUCAUCCCCAUUCUUUAAAUUCCUACAGCUAGGACUCCCUACUUUGUUAGUUAAAAUAGUUCAACAGUUGUGUUUUGUAAUAUUACACUUUAACCAGUAGAUGGCUCUAGUCCCACACAUUUAAUUAAGAUUGAAGUUUCAGAAUAUUUAAAAUAAAUUAGUUUUCUGCUUUCUAAUUUUGCAAAUCUUUCAAUUUUUAUUGCUUUUCUUAAAAUAAGGAAUGACUGUUUGCAACCACUGCUCUUUUAACAGAAAGCAAUAAAAAACUCAGAAUCCUCAGUUUUUUCCAGACUACUGAUAAGUGACACUCUAUUAAAUGUUUAGUAAGCUAAUAAGUAAAUGUAUCAAGUUAUUUAUAUGAUAAAUUAUAAAGCUCUCUUGAGAUAUUUGGUAUGUUGAAAGUUUUAAACUUUAAUAACAUUAGGGUACAGGUAUGAUUAGAAAUCUGUAAAUAGUUUAA